AUGCGCGGCUCGCAUACGAACUCGGGCAGCUCGACCUGCGCGCGACUUGUCAAAGUGCGCGGGAAAGACGACGAGGACUGGAUAGAGACGACACCGGGGCGGAUAAUCUUUAACGAGGCACUGCCCGCUGAACUCGGCUUCUAUAACGUCGUCAUCGACAGGAGCAUGCUGAACGAGAUCACAUCCCAGUCGCACCAGGUGCUGGGGAACGAGGGCACGGCGGAUGUCCUGGACAACAUCAAGGACAUGGGCUUCCACUACGCAUCGAAGUCGGGCAUAACCAUCGCAAUCAACGAUGUGGAAGUGCCAACCCAGAAGCGGGAAAUCAUCGUAGAUGCGGAGAGCAAGAUCGCCGAACUGGACGAGAUGUAUAUGGACGGUCUGGUAACUGCGAACGACCGCUACAACCAGACUGUCGGGAUAUGGACGGAUGCGAACGACAACCUGACCAAAGCGGUGGAGCGCAACCUCAGCAGGUACGGCGGCACCAAACAAGGGUCAAUGAAAAACGCCGGAAUCGGUCUGUACAUGAUGGCAACAUCGGGGGCGAAGGGUAAUAUCGCGCAGAUCAAGCAGAUGGCAGGUAUGCGCGGCCUGAUGUCCGACCCUCAUGGUCGUAUCCUCGAGCGUCCGAUCAAGUCUAGCUUCCGUGAAGGACUGAGCGUGCUGGAGUAUUUCAUCUCCACGCACGGCGCGCGAAAGGGAUUGACGGACACUGCGUUGAGGACGGCGGACAGCGGCUAUAUGACGCGCCGCCUUAUUGAUGUAGCGCAGGAACUUAUCGUGCUGGAGGAGGACUGCGGCACGCUGGAGGGACUGCUGAUAGAGACGAGUCGGCCUGAAUCGCUGCUGCCUUCGUUCGAGGACAGGGCGAAGAGCCGAUACGCCGCCGAAGCGGUCGCGGACCCGAAUACGGGCGAAAUCCUCAUCGAGCGCAACGAGUUGUUCAGCCUUGAGGUGAUUGCGAAGAUAGCCGAGGCAGGCGUCCUUAAUGUGAUGGUUCGCUCGCCAAUCAGGUGCGAGGCGGAGCGCGGGCUGUGCCGCAUGUGCUACGGGAUGUCGCUGGCUACCUGGAAGCCGAUAAUGAUCGGCGAAGCGGUGGGCAUCAUCGCGGCGCAGAGCAUCGGCGAGCCGGGAACGCAGCUGACAAUGCGUACGUUCCACACGGGCGGUAUCGCGGGAUCGGACAUCACGAGUGGUCUGCCGCGCGUGAAUGAGCUAUUCGAAGCGCGCGUGCCGAAGGGCGAGGCGGUGCUGUCGGAGAUUGACGGCACGGCGACAGUCAACGAGACGACCGAGGGCAGGAUCGUUCAGGUGGUGAACGCGGAGACCUAUACGGACGAGUAUAUGCUGCCAGAGGGUAGCAGCCCGCUGGUGGGCGACGGGGACCUGGUGAACAUUGGCGAUAGGCUUGCGGCACUGGAGAUCGACGAGGAGUCGGAAGACGCGGCGCUGAUGCCGAACGACAUCCUGGCGCGCGUAUCGGGAAUGGUGCGUGUCGACGGGGAGACGCUCUCGAUAAGCUGGACGGACGAAGACCGCCGUGAGUACCAGAUACCGGCGGCGUCCUCGCUGAUAGUGAGCUCCGGAGCCAAGGUUGCGGCGGGCGAUCCGCUGACUUCAGGGCCGAAGAGUCCGCAGCGCAUCCUGAGCUUGCAGGGUCGCGAGGCAGUGCAGCAGUAUCUCACAGACCAGAUGCUGCGCAAGGUGCAGGUGGAGGAUUCCGGCGACACGAACCUGCUGCCGGAUGACCAGGUAGACCGCCGGCAGUUCGAGGAGCAUAACGCCGCGGUGCUUGCCGAGGGCGGCGAGCCGGCGACUGCAAGCCCUGUGCUGCUGGGCAUCACACGAGCGUCGCUGAAGAUGGACAGCUUCCUGUCGGCGGCGUCGUUCCAGGAGACGACACGGGUUCUGACCGAGGCUGCGGUGAAUAGCGAUGUCGAUUACCUGCGCGGUCUGAAGGAAAAUGUCAUUAUCGGCAGGCUGAUUCCUGCGCGGCUUGACCUGACGGAAGAGGGCCGGGCGUUCCUGGACAUACCGGAGGACGUGGAAGAGAUCGAUCCCAUCAGCAUGCUGACGGGGCCGGUGGACGAGUUCCAGUCGGAGAUGGCACAGGGGCCGUUCGGCGUGGGCGCUGAGGAUAUUGAUAUCAAUAUGGAUAUGGUGGAUGUGGAGGAGCAGGCGCCGGUCGGGGAUGACUAG